ACCAGAAGAAAAAAAAAAUGUUAACGCCCAAACAUCAGCCAUUUUCUUUCACUUUCUUCACUUCUGGAACAAUGGAUUUACCGUCAACGAGUCGCAAUGCUACAGCAAUGGAUGUGGACUGCAGUGUUACAGAGGCUACAAACAUGGACGUGGACUCCAGUGAUACAGAGGCUACAGACAUGGACGUGGACUGCAGUGUUACAGAGGCUACAGACAUGGACGUGGACUCCAGUGAUACAGAGGCUACAGAUAUGGACGUGGACUACGGAGGCUACAGACAUGGACGUGGACUCCAGUAUUACAGAGGCUACAGACAUGGACGGGGACUCCAGUGUUACAGAGGCUACAGACAUGGGACGUGGACUCCAGUGUUGCAGACGCUACAGACAUGGACGUGGACUCCAGUGUUACAGAUGCUACAGACAGGGCCGUGGACGCCAGUGUUACAGAGGCUAUAGACAGGGACGUGGACGCCAGUGUUACAGAUGCUACAGACAGGGCCGUGGAAGCCAGUGUUACAGAUGCUACAGACAUGGACGUGGACUGCAGUGUUACAGAGGCUACAGAUACUGAAAGCCUACCAGAGAUUCUAGUAGAAACUCAUAUGUUUCCUAAUUAAUGAAGUAUAGUGAAGUUGUAAAUUUUUUAUUAAAUUUGUAAUUCCUAGGCCUUUUUUAUUUUUAUACACCAAUAUAUAGUAUAACAUAAAAGUUGAGCAAUGUAUUAACAAUAUUUAGCAAUAAACCCUGACAAGACAACACAAGUACAUUUUAGCAGAAAAAAAAUUCUACCCACUAGUAUCCCCAAUGUAGCAGUGGCUGAUCAGAUUAAGUUUCUAGGAAUAACUCUAGAUAAUGGACUCACAUGGGCAACCAUGUAAACAACAUCUGCAAUAAAAUCUGCACUGGCGUCUAUGUUGUUAAACGCAUUAAAUGGGUUGGCACUCAGGAAGCAGCAAAAAUGGCAUACUACGCUCUAGUAGAAUCUCAUGUAUUAGAUAUGGUCUUACAAUCUGAGGAAGCUCCUCGGGAAAUCUGAAGAGAGUACUUGUACUACAAAAAAAGGCAAUUAGGACAAUUGCAAACCUGGAGUCCCAGCAAAGCUGUCGUCAAGCCUAUCAGACCCUAGGCAUACUAACAGUACCUGCGCUCUACAUCUAUGAAGCCAUUUUAUAUGCAGACACACUAAACCUGCAGACUCACAUGGACCUUCACAGCUACCCCACACGCCAUGCCUCUAGAUUCGUCCUACCCCAACAUAGAACAGCCCUCUUCGAGAAAAAACCGUCAUACGUAGGCCAAAAACUGAAAAACCUCCUUCCAGACCACCUCCGGACCCUGACUGGCAACAGACUGAAGAGCUUGCUUAAAGAAUUCCUGUUGAAGAAUCCUGUGUACAAGAUAGAAGAGUUCCUGGAAUUAAUGAACACAUCUCCUUAAUUCUACUUAUUGUAACUUGACAAAUUACUGUUCUUAAUGUUCAUGUAAUAAAUAAAUAAA